CAACUCCUUAUAAAGCUCAGCUCCAUCCAUCUCCCUCCCUGUUCCUCUCUCUCUCUCUCCCCCCCCCCCCCCCCCCCUCUCACACAAACACACAGCCAGCAUUUCUCAGGUGCGGACAUGGCCAAAGGCGGCGGCAAGGGCGGCGGCGGCGCUGGUGGUGCUGGUGGGGGUGGCGGUGGGGGUGGGGAUGGUGGUGGCGGUGGCGGUGGCGGUGGGGGUGGUGGUAGCAGUGGCGGUGGCGGUGGGGGUGGUGGUGGCGGUGGCGGUGGGGGUGGUGGUAGCGGCGGCGGUGGCGGUGGGGGUAACGCCAAUGACCAGUUAAAGCCACAUCCAGUGAUGGAGCAGCUAGCUGGCAUUCAGUAUUGCGUUAACAGUCCUCCUCCAUGGCCGGAAGCUAUUCUUCUGGGGUUCCAGCAUUAUCUCUUGACUAUUGGAAUCACUGUUCUGAUUCCUAGCAUGAUCGUUCCUCAAAUGGGUGGCUCCAACGCUGAGAAGGCCAGGGUGAUACAGAGCACGCUCUUUGUAUCAGGAUUAAACACUCUCUUGCAGUCCUUGUUUGGAACCCGGCUUCCGACCGUGAUCUCCGCUUCGUACUCAUUUGUCAUUCCCACCACUUCGAUUAUUCUCACCGGUAAAUAUAGUUCGCUUGCAGACUCUCAUGAGAGGUUUGUUCGGACUAUGCGAGCUGUACAGGGUGCUGUGUUCAUUGCUUCAUUUUUUCCAAUGAUUGUGGGCUUCAUGGGCCUAUGGAGAAAUGUUGUCAGGUUUCUUAGUCCCCUUUCUGUGGUUCCUCUCGUAACCUAUACUGGACUUGGGCUAUACCAACUUGGAUUCCCAAUGCUAGCAAACUGCGUUGAAAUUGGGCUACCAGAGCUAUUAAUAAUGGUUUUCUUUUCACAGUAUCUUCCUCAUUUCAUGAAGUCAAAGAGAGGCAGGUCCAGUAGAUUUGCAUUGGUGGCCUCCGUUGGAAUUGUAUGGGCAUGUGCAGCAAUUAUAACUUCAACUGGCAUUUACAACAACAAAUCAACGAAAACUCAACAGAGUUGUCGCACAGACACUGCUCAGCUCAUUCAUCAAUCCCCUUGGAUAUAUAUUCCUCAUCCAUUUCAAUGGGGGAAACCCACUUUUAGUGCUGGAGAUAUUUUCGCAGUGAUGACUGCUUCUCUGGUUGCUCUCAUUGAGUCUACAGGUACAUUUAUUGCAACAUCAAGAUAUGGGAGUGCCACACCUGUGCCACCUGACGUUCUCAGCCGUGGCGCUGGCUGGCUGGGAAUAGGAGGUCUGCUGAGUGGCUUGUUUGGAAGUGUGGCAGGCUCCACAGCAUCAGUAGAAAAUGCUGGCCUACUAGCAUUAACAAAAGUUGGGAGCCGAAGAGUCACCCAAAUAUCGGCUGGUUUCAUGAUUGUAUUUUCCGUGUUCGGAAAAUUUGGAGCAGUAUUCGCUUCAAUACCUUUGCCUAUCAUAGCAGCUUCAUAUUGUAUUCUAUUCGCCUAUGUUUCUUCUGCAGGCCUUAGCUUCCUCCAGUUCUGCAACCUCAACAGUUUCAGAACAAAAUUUAUACUGGGUUUCUCUCUCUUUAUGGGCAUCUCAGUGCCCCAGUACUUCAGAGAAUAUCAACUGAGUUCUAGACCUGGUCCUGUGCGCACCCAUGCUCAAUGGUUCAAUGACAUAAUAUCGGUCAUCUUCAUGUCGCCGGCAACAGUGGCUGCGAUUGUCGCAUUGUUCUUGGAUCGCACCUGCGACCGCAAGCACGAAGCAACCCAAAAGGACAGUGGCUCGCAGUGGUGGGAGAAGUUUGGCUUGUACAAAUCAGAUGUUAGGAAUGAUGAAUUCUAUGCAUUGCCAUUCAACCUCAGCAAGUUCUUCCCAUCUUUCUAAACUCCAAUCUUUAGCAUUCCUUACCCAAUUCAUUGCUUCCACUGAAAGAAACAAACAUAGAAUGGCAUUGUCAAGCACCAUGCCAAGUUCAAGGCUUGGUUUGUUUGGCAGCUGUGGCCUGUGGGUUGUGCAACUUCUGCCUGUGUUCCAAGUUUUAUCAAGAACCAAAAAUUUAUUUCAAUGAUUAUGUGCAUAAACAUUGGUGAAUCCAUUUAAUAGAUGUUAAGCUUAUAUGGAA